CAACCAUGACAGCUUUUAAAAGUGAAGUCGCUUAUCGGCGGUGAAACACAGCGUUGGUGUGUGAGUUGCUUUGUGUCAGAAUAAUCUGUUUUUUACCGGUGAACGACGUGAAGCGGUGCGGUCCAUUGGCACGCAGCGGCGUUGAAGCGUGGUCUCACCGGGGCGAAGCUGAAUGAAGAGCCGUCAAGGGUACGUUUGCUGAUUGAAGACGGGCUGCUGUGGAUCCUUGCCAUGGAUAAAGAGUUGACACCUUUGGACUGCCUGCUGCCCUCUGGCACGCUGAAGAUCUGUCUGAUCAUUCUCAACCAGCCUCUGGAUGUGAAUUACCUCCACAUCCUGUGGAGUAAAGCUCUCUUGAGGGCAUGUGCUGAUGGAGCUGCCAAUCACCUUUAUAACAUCACUGCUGGAGAACGUGACAGCUUUCUCCCUGACUAUAUCAGUGGGGAUUUUGAUUCCAUUACUGCCAAGGUCAAAGCUUUCUAUGCGGACAAGGGGAGCAAGCUGAUAGAAACAGUCGACCAGGAUCUAACAGACUUCACCAAGUGUCUGGCAAUCAUGCUGGAGGAGAUUCAGACAAGACGGAUACAAGUGGAUGCCAUAGUGACUCUGGGAGGUCUGGCAGGCAGAUUUGACCAGACCAUGGCAUCUGUUGAGACACUCCACCACGCUCUGUCCAUGACACAGCUGCCUGUGUUGAUCAUACAGGGGACGAGCCUGGCAUAUCUACUCCGACCAGGAAGCCACAGACUUGGGAUGAACACAGGUCUGGAGGGGGACUGGUGCAGCCUCAUCCCAGUGGGAGGACCAUGCCAAACAAUCACCACUGGACUCAAAUGGAACCUGAAUAACCAGGUCCUGCAGUUUGGGAAGCUGGUGAGCACCUCCAACACCUACGAGCCUGUCGCCCCUGGAAACCCCAGGAAGCCUGUAACUGUGACCACAGACCAGCCACUGCUGUGGAGCAUGGGCAUCAAGAAAAAUAUAGAAUAGAACAAGAAGCUUUCUUAGUAUUGGACCAAUCAGAACAUCACACAGCAGAGUCACUGGUUUUCUCUAUUUUGUAAAAUGUUUUGUACAAAAAGAAAAAGGUGAACGCACCUUUAAAUGUAACAAAGAUCUCAUUCAAGUGCUUUUUUGAAUUUUAUAUGAAGAUGUGUCUCACAGGUAACUCAAAACAGAACCAAAAUAGUUUUUUGAACACUAUUCUUCAAAAUGUAUCACAAAAAGCCUUUUUUCACACAUCUGGGUCCUUUACAUGCACAAAUCAAGAACUGACAUGACAGCAUAUUGGGGAUAAUUACAAAGAAGAGACACAAUCAACAACAUUACAUCAUCAUUUAAAAGUACAGGAUUCCACUUCAACAGCAGUAUGUGCCUUCUGUAUCAUCCUGUUCACCUUGUAGUUAUUAUCCGUCUCUGUCAAGUAGUUAUGGAUUAUAGAAUAAGUUAGAAAACGUAGACUAUAAUGUAUCAAUGGUUUGCACAGACGGGACAAAUCAAAGUGUGGGUUUCCAUUUGUUUUAUUUACACAGCAAAUACAAAUGUUGUGCACAGAAUGUAAAAAUUGCCAUCCCCUUCAGUCCCGAUCACAUCAGCCCAAUAUCACUUUACAGCACCGUCACCAUCGCCAGGUAUUGAAAUUUGUUGUUCUCUGACCAGGAGUUACCCACCGCUAAAAAAAAAAAAAAAA